GGAGUUUACGAGGUGUGCUUGAACGCAGCAUGUGGGAGGAGUUUGAGAGCGCUGAAGUUUAGCAUAGCAGCAGGAAACACUGCGGCUAUUUCUACCGGACGAAAAAAGGAAGACUCGUACGAUAAGGUACAAGGCAGUGAAUUAUAAUUACCUCUCAUUUGCUCUUUAAUCAACCGGGUUUUGUGUCUACGGGAUUUCGGCAUUUUCUAUAAAGGAGAAGCACUUUGGUUUGAAGUGAGUGGACUGGGACUGUAGAAGAAACCUGUUCAGCUGUGCACGUCGGCGGAGACACGGCUGCUCUGAAUCAGGUGGGCAGCGGGCCUGCAGUGGCCUAGAGUCUCCACACUGAGAGCAUGAAGAGGUUCAGACGACACGGCCACGAGUCCCAAAGAGAUCGGCUAAAACAGGAACUUUUUCAGUUCAACAAGACUGUGGAGCAUGGGUUUCCUCACCAGCCUAGUGCUCUGGGCUACAGCCCCUCCCUCCAGCUACUGGCCAUCGGCAGCCGGUCUGGAGCCAUUAAACUGUUCGGAGCCCCUGGAGUGGAGUUUAUGGGUUUACAUGAUGAGAGUGCUGCAGUGACCCAAGUGCACUUUCUUCCACACCAGGUUGAGCUGGUCACACUGCUGGAUGACAACAGUUUGCACAUGUGGACUUUACAAGCACAUAAAGGCCUUUCAGAACUGCUAGAGAUCGGACGCUUCACUUUGACUGGACCACCGGGGGCUCUUCCACAUGUGACCAGAGUGACAGCUGUCCUGCCCCACUCGUCCGGUGAGCUGCUGCUGUUGGGGACAGAAGGGGGGCAUGUAUUUAUUGUGGAGGUCCCUGGGUUCAGAGAGCUGGAGGAGCGAAACAUCAGCUUGGACCAGGUGCAGAGCAGUGUCCCAGAAGACUACAUUGGUCGCAGAAGCCUGGAGCAUGUAGAGGCGCUGCAGGAGAACCCAGUCGACUCAAAUCAGGUGGUGAUCGGGUACGACCGUGGCCUCAUGGUGGUAUGGGACCUAGAAAAGCACUGCGCUGUUCAGCACAUCCCAGCCACACAGCAACUAGAAAGUGUGUGGUGGACAGAAGAUGGGAGCUAUAUCCUGAGCUCACACAGCGAUGGAAGCUACUGCCGGUGGAUGGUGGGCAACAGUGACCCCACCACUGAGGACGAAGAGAAGUCUGACAUUCCCUAUGGACACUUUCCCUGCAAAGCCAUAAUGAAAAUUAUGCAGCUGCCCACUGAAGAGGGGCCCCCUUUUCUGCUGUUUAGUGGAGGGAUGCCCAGAGCUAGUUAUGGAGAUCGACAUUGCAUCACAGUAAUUCACAGUAAAACACAUGUGGCUCUGGACUUUACUUCAAGGAUUAUAGACUUCUUUGUGAUCACAGAAGGACCUCAAAAUACAGGUGAUCCCAGUGCUCUGGUGGUUCUGGUGGAGGAGGAGCUUGUGGUGAUUGACUUGCAGACAGAAGGCUGGCCCGUCAUACAGACCCCAUACCUGGUCCCUCUGCACAGUUCCGCUAUCACCUGCUCUCACCACGUCUCCUCCAUCCCGUUCAAACUGUGGGAGCGGAUCAGUGCAGCCGGUGACCUGCAGCACACGCACUACUCCAAAAAGCCUUGGCCCAUAACUGGAGGUCAAAGCCAGGCCGCAGAUCCUCCUCAGAGAGACCUGCUCCUCACAGGGCAUGAGGAUGGGACAGUGCGUUUCUGGGAUGCCUCAGGGGUCUGCCUCUACCCUCUGUACAAGCUGAGUACUGCCAUAGCAUUUGACACAGAUGCAGACCCCAACGACAACAUGAACCAAAGCAGUGAAGGAGAGUGGCCACCUUUUAGAAAGGUGGGCUGCUUUGACCCAUACAGCGAUGAUCCUCGGCUGGGUAUCCAAAAGAUACAUUUGUGUAAAUACAGCGGCUACCUUAUUGUGGCUGGCACAGCUGGACAGAUCCUCGUGAUGGAGCUGAACGAUGAAGCGGCCGAGCAGAGCAUUGAGGCCAAAGUCGUGGACCUGCUACAAGGCCAAGAGGGAUUCCGCUGGAAGGGCCACACUCGGCUGGAUGUGCGUGAGGAGCCGGUGUUGUUCCCUCCAGGUUUUCAGCCGUUCGCUUUGGUCCAGUGUCAGCCUCCUGCGGUGGUCACUGCCCUCAACCUUCACUCAGAAUGGAAACUCGUCGCUUUUGGCACCAGCCAUGGAUUUGGAUUAUUUGAUUAUCACCAAAAGAACAGUGUUUUUGUCAAGUGCACCUUAAACCCCAGUGAUCAGCUGGCCAUGGAGGGGCCACUGUCCAGAGUGAAGAGUAUCAAAAAGUCUCUUCGUCAGUCCUUCAGAAGAAUUCGUCGUAGUAGAGUGUCUCUUCGCAAACAUCACGUCAACAAUGCUGCAAAGCUGCAGGAAGCCAAUGCUCGUCUGGAGGCUGAGCUAGCAGAGAUGGAGCUGGCCCCUGUUCAGAGAAAGAUCGAGGCGCGCUCUUCAGAUGACUCUUUCACGGGAUUGGUCCGAACACUGUACUUCGCUGACACCUUCCUAUCGGACAGUUCUCACAACACUCCCUCACUGUGGGCGGGCACUAAUGGAGGUGGUGUGUUUGCCUACAUGCUGCGAAUUCCUCCUGUGGAGCACCGUGCAGAGGAGCCCGUCACAGCACAGCCAGCGAAAGAGAUCCAGCUGAUGCACCGAGCGCCUGUGCUUGGGAUCGUGGUGUUAGACGGACAUGGCACUCCACUGCCAGAGCCCCUGGAGGUGGCACAUGACCUUGCCCGCUCUCCGGACAUGCAUGGCUCACACCAUGUGCUGGUGGUUUCAGAGGAGCAGUUUAAGAUUUUUACGUUGCCAAAAGUUAGUGCUAAAAUGAAACUGAAGCUCACAGCCGUGGAUGGGUCCAGAGUGCGAAAAGUUGGGGUGGCCUCAUUUGGCAGUAACAGAACAGAGGAGUACAGUGAGAGUGACCUAAUUUUCCUCACCAAUCAGGGCGAUGUCCAUGUUGUCUCACUGCCUUCACUCAAAAUGCAGGUGCAUUACCCCUGCAUCCGCAAAGAGGAUGUGAGCGGCAUUGCAUCAUGUGUCUUCACUAAGCAUGGCCAAGGUUUCUAUCUCAUUUCUCCAUCUGAGUUUGAGCGCUUCUCUUUGUCCACGCGCUCUCUAGUGGAGUUACGCUGCCUGGUGGAGGCCCCUCUCCACCAGCGCUCUCAGACAGACGGUGCUAAUGCUGUUCACAGAACUUCUGAGAAGGAUGAUGAUGAUGCAGAGAGUGCAGCGCGGCGUGUGAUGGAGCAUGCUCUGCUCAAUGAUGAGAAAGUCCUACAGGAGAUCCAAAAGUCACUGGAAGGGGGUCCUUUGUUAUUGGAGAAUAAUUUAUAGAGUGCUGUGGCCUAUUGGAUGUAUAAAAGAGUUUAACCUGUGAACAACCACUAAUGACCUUGACCUCAGACUGAUAGCACACAUUUCCCCCUGGUGGAGAGAUCACGCCUGCUUGAGGAGAAACUUGUGCCUAAAGACCAGCCACUGUACACAACUUACCAAAGCACAUAUGCACAUCACGUGACCACAGUCAUAGAGCUUUUAGAUAGGACAUGGAUGGUAAUGUAGAAUAAUCUCGUAGAGGGUGUUCCAUCAAAAUGUGCCUCUUUUUUAAUAUCUUGAAGUAGACCCUUUUAAAUUAAGUAUGAAGAAUAAGAAUUACCAACCAAAAAUACUGAAAUAUUCUUGGAUUUUGUAAACAAAACUUGUAAAAUAUAGGACAUUUUUAUUUUCAUAAUUUAAUUUUGUUUGGAGAAUUUGAUCUACUGUGAAAUCUUUUGUAAAUUCAAAUUACUUUUUUACUGUUGAUCAUUUUUAGUUUUUAUCUUUUAGCAGUAUCUUUCACUUUAUUUUCAACCCCAAAUGAUGUAUGCAAUACCACAUAAAUGCAACUAUUUAAGCAAUACUUUCAAAAAAGGGGUAGGAUUUCAUAUUAGUUUUCAGUGCUGCCUCUUGAAAUUUCAUCACUAUAUUUUUAAAUACUGUACUGUACUACUGGUGACUUGCCGUCCUCGAAAUCACAGUAAUACAAAGGUACUGCUACUGCUUUUAAUAGGAACUCUAAAAAAUGUCUGUAAACAUUUGUAACCUGAGCAAAUAUUAUAUAAUUUAGACUGUACUUGUAAAUGUAAGCUAUUAGUCUAAUCUUUCAAUGUAUGAAUGCACUACUGUCUGUUCAAGUGCUGUUGGAUGGGGUUGGCUGCUGCUAGGGCACAUUUUGGUACUGUCUCCGAAUGCUGGGUUUUAGUAUCUGCUUAGAAUAUAUUUUUAUAGAUUGUGAACUCUUAAUUUUCUAAUUUGUAUUUUACACUACAGUUUAUUGAUCCUAAUUAUAACAUGUUUAUCUGUAA